AGGCGCCAUGGAGAUUUAACAUUUGGGAAUCAUUUACGACAGUAAUAGGCAACAGGGUAUAUGAUUUACCAGUGCCUGAAGAUAAUACUCCAUUCAUAACCUUUGUCCUAGGUAAUACUGUAGGUGCUGGGCUGCAUGAGGUCCCCUUUACUUUUUAUAUCCUUCCCUGGAAAAUUAAUUUAAGUUUCAUUUGUGCAUUUGGAACUCAUACUCCUUGUUUCUUUGAAUUUCUGGCAUAAGAUUGAGUCUUAUCCUUAAUUUGUUAUUUUCAUUUUGGGAGAGGGAAAUGUUAUUAAAAAUGCCAAUGCAGUAAGAUCUAUAUUUGAUUCUCUGCUUAACAAAAGAUAUAUUUUAGAAUUUACCAACUGGCUUAGGAAAAUCAUAUUAGUUUUAACAAGGACUUGGAAUUGAAUCUUGCUUCUUCAGGGAUUGUGCAAACCUUUCCAGCUUCUUUAGUGCUAGAAAACUUUUAGAUGGUCUUGUUUUAUUAGAAAUUUGAUAUAUCAUUUUGAAUUUUUUUUUAUUGAUGUAGUUAUGUUAGUGAUAUUAAUUAUUUGCAAAUAAGCUUACUUUCCGGCUUUAAUUAUUUUUGGCAUAUGAAGCACUUGCUUCAUUAUAACUUAUUAAUAUCAGAUCCCUGUGGCCUGUUUUCUUGUCGGUGUUUCUGUCAUCCUCUAACUGUCAUGUGGAAACAAUUUGGGAAACCAUCAGACUUUCAUAAACUAUGAUUGGAGCUAUGUGUAUUGCUGCUUUUGUCUAAAGUGUUCAGAUAAAUAUUGUUUAGCUGGAAACUUUUCUUGAGAAACUUAUUUUUAACCAGAUUUCUGUUUAAUGUUUCCAAGGUGGUCCUGGUAGUGGAAAAGGUACUCAGUGUGAAAAGAUUGUUGAGACCUUUGGAUUCAGACAUUUGAGUGCGGGUGAUUUGCUAAGGAGGGAAAUAGCUUCGAAAAGUAAAGAUGGUUCCAUGAUUCUUAAUAUAAUUAAAGAUGGAAAAAUUGUUCCUUCCGAGGUGACAGUAAAACUGAUACAGAGGGAGAUGGAAUCAAGUGACAACCAUAAGUUUCUCAUUGAUGGCUUCCCACGAAGCGAGGAGAAUCGGAUAGCAUUUGAACGGAUUAUUGGAGCAGAGCCAAAUAUUGUUGUUUUCUUUGAUUGCCCUGUAGAAGAGAUGGUGAAACGAGUGCUAAAUCGUAACCAGGGCCGUGUGGAUGAUAACAUAGAUACAAUCAGAAAGCGUCUUAAAGUGUUUGAGGCAUUAAGUCUCCCCGUCAUCAAUUACUAUUCUCAAAAAGGAAAAUUGUAUACGAUCAAUGCAGUAGGAACUGAAGACGAAAUAUUUGAACAAGUUCGUCCAAUUUUUGCCACCUUGAAGCAGGUGAGUAAAUGAUAUGUUGGAUUAACCAAAUGUAGCAGAAAGACAUGAGGAUACUUUUUGCAUACCUUUUCUUCUGCUAAAGAUCACCAUGAGUUGACUAACUAUAAACACGUUUCCCAGAGGAAUUCUCAGCAGUAGGAGCUUGGAAAUCGAGUCGGGCAAAAGCUAUUCUACCUAGAGACUUUUCUGCCCAAAUUUUUACUUAAUAAUCUAGAAUUUUUUUUUAUCAAAAUAUAAGAACUCGACAUCGUCUGAAUAAUAUUUAGUGUUAUUAUUUGUCAUGUUAUUAACUUCUUCUGAUGACAUGGUCCACAUGGUUCCAGUUAAGAAUAAGCCUGUGUUGGUGGUGCGUAUGGGUUUUUGGGAAUCAUAGGUUUGUGAUCAAUGCCCUUGUCAUAUGUAUGCAAAAUUUGGUGGUAUUGUCAAGGCUAGUAGGUCUUCUCUUAACAUUAUGGAAUUCUUCACUAUGCCUUGAUGGCUAUUUUGGUUGAUGCAUUGGAAAUAUUCCAUGCCUCGUGCUUCAAGAUGCAUUUUUACCUGAGGAAGUGAGUCAGUGACUAUCAGCAAUUCUUGUUGGCAUUUUUCAUCCUUGAAUAUUGGAGUUCAUGUUGUUGGAUGAGUUAUGGGUUAUAGGUCAAGGGAUUGAGUGGAAUAUGUCCAUUGCUAAUGUUAUAGUUUGUCACCAAUUAUGUUUGAGUUGUAUUACAAGCAAGGAUAGAAAAUAAGGUAAGAGAGGGUUG